UUCUGUAUAAUUUCUUGUACUGUCAGAAUUAAAUAUGUACAUUCUGUUUUGUAAUUAUAUCGUAAAGAGUUUUCUCGUGUAAAAAUACGUAUAUAUAAAGCAUAGAACAUUUUUAGUUACUUCAGAUUAAUAUAUAAAUUGAUAUCUAAAUUAAAAUGAAGGCCGAAAAUCAACAGUAAAAAUCAGACGGAAAAAACAUUUUUGGAAAAAUGAAAUGUCAUCAAUGUAUUUGCUUGCUUUUGCAAGUAAGUGCUUUUGUCGUGAAUUGCCUCGCGGAAAAUUUGAUACUUAAUAUAAACUUCAAGAAAUCGAUUGCGGUAACUGAUCGCGCAUUUCUCAGUUUUACUCUGGAUCCUACAACGUUGCAGCGCAAUGAUCUUAUUAAAAAUAUCGAGAGAAGCACAAAUUUGGCGCGAGGCUUGGCACCUGCUUACAUUCGGCUUGGAGGACCACAAAGCAAUUUUUACAAUUUCGAACAAGCGUAUUCGCACGAGAUUAAUACAGAUCCAAAUGACAUGUAUUUUGGAACGCAAUGGACGGUUAUAUAUCAAUGGGCGAAGAACGCCGGAUUAGAUGUAAUUGUAUGCAUCACUCCUCAGUAUAUUGAUAACGAAUCGAAAACGGAUUCCAAAAAUCCCAGAAACAUAGCGGAGCUUCUGUCUUUCAGUGAUCGCAUGGGUUACAAUAUUAGUUGGCAAUUAGGCUAUGAAUGUCAAACGAGAUGCGACUUAUCUGGCGGAGAACUGGGACAAUAUGUCGCCUACUUGCGCGAAAUACUGAAAACUUUCCCAAGAUAUUCCAAUAGCUUAAUCAUAGGACCAGACAUUGUGGCAUAUAGAACGCCGCAACAACAGAGAUAUCUACAGAAUUAUUUGCAUUCAGCAAACUCUGCGCUUUCUGCGAUUACAUGGCAUCCCGAUUUAGACAGCGUUUCUUUAAAUAAUGACAACAUUUCCACACAUUACAAUUAUGAUAACAUAAUUGCUGAAAAGGAUGAGAUGUACAAAGUUAUCAGUCGCGCGGCAAAAGACAAACCAUUAUGGAUUGCGGAGUCAAAACCAGAAGAGAGCAAAUGCCAAUAUCUAGGAGCGCUUAUCUGGACGAGAAGACUUGGGAAUGCUGCAAAGCUUGGAAUACAAGUUGUGAUGAGGCAAUUGUCGGAUUUAUCUCAAGCAACUCCUGAAUAUUGGGUAUCAUUAUUGUACAAGACUUUAGUGGGUCGUGAAGUCCUAGAAACGAAGUUUCAAUCCGAAGAUCAUGUACACUUUUUCAGUCAAUGUACGAAACCCUCGGCACUGUACAGUAAAGGAGCUAUUACGAUUUUCGGCAUAAACUUAACUCCGAAAAAUGUGAUUGCUAGUUUGAAAAAUCUUCAAAUCAAAAUUCUUCACAAAUACAUUCUAUCACCAGAUUUUGAGACUGGCAAUAAAAUGUUUUCAGAAAAUGUCUUGUUAAAUAAUAAAUCUCUACACUUAAUAAACGACAAGGAAUUGCCUGAUAUAAAUCCAGAAAUCAUUAUUAACCCUGACGGCCUUGAACUAGAACUUUCUUCUGGCGACAUAGGUUUCUGGGUUAUACCUAACGCAAAGGUAAAGGCUUGCAUUCGUUUUGAAGAGGAAGGAAUCGAGAACAAUACAGUAAAGAAAUUAUCGAAGCGACAUGAAAGUGACGUCCGACAAGAUAAUCAAGAAGAAAAAGAAGAUGAGUCAAGUAUAAUAGAAGAUGAUUUAAGAGAAAAUAUGAAUCAGUCAAAUUUAAAAAAUCAGAAGAUUUAUGAGAAACAAGACAGAAAAAAACAAAAAAACAUGGAAAACACUAAAACUAAAAGUCAACAGGAUGUUUGGAAUUUUAAAUUACUUGCACAAAUAAGAAAAAUUUUACAAAAACAACUGCAAAAAAAGAAUAAAAAAGAGCCAUCAAAUUUACAAAAAUCAUUCAUGAUCGAUUUGGGAGAAGAACAAGAAAAGUCAUUUGAGGAAAUAGAAAAACAGCAAAAGUUAGACAAAAAAGAUUUAAAAAAAACGGAAGUUAAUGACAAGUUUGAAAACAUUCGAGAUAUAUUGAAAAAGUAUAAAUGCAUUCUGCUGGAGAAGAAGGCUGAAAUGAAAACCGAAGGUAUUCAAGAUCUCGAAUCAGAAAUUCAAAAUAUUGACAAUGCUGUGACGUUAAUAUCAAAGAUCGACGCCCUUCUUCUUAAUAAAGUUACUUCAAAUGAGUCUAUUAUAAGUGAAAUCAAAGAUAAAACAAAGAACGAAGAAGAAUCAAUAGCUAGAAUAAGUAAAAAAUUAACAGAAUAUUUAAUCGAAAUAGCAAAUUCCACUGAAACAAAGUCAAAUAUAAUAAAGAAAAUAGAAAAGUACUUCAAUAAGUUCUAUAAUUUGCUAAAAAACGAUAAUUCAGCAAAGAACAGCAAGAAUAGUCAAAUUUUUGUCCAUGAAGAUUUAAUGAAGGAAAAAAGAUUUAAAAGACAUUUGGAUAAAAAAUCAGAAAAUUCGAAAAAAAUCAGGAUACUUAAAAAGCGCUCACAAAUAAAUAAUUUAAAAGAUUAUAUGUUUAAACAAAAGAUAAAAUGGAAAAAUGACGAUGGAAAAAAACUAAUUUUGUCCGACAACUCAAACAAAAACUUUGAUAAUAAUGAGAAUAAAUAUAAUAAUCUGCUUCAACGGGAUCCUAUCAAAAGAUUUUUUAAAAAUAUUGCUUUUGAAAAUGCUGCUUAUCAAAUCGAUUAUUAUCAACAUUUAGUCCAAGAACAUAAAAGAAAAGAAAACGAUAGUAUCUACAGGAAGCGCUCUAAAAUUGGAAAUAUGGAAAAAUAUCAAAGUUUAGUGCAAGAACCUGAAAGAACGAAAAGGGAUAUUAACAAAAAAUUAGUCGAGAUAGGUGUGAGGAGAGAUAACACUUCCAUCAGAAAACGUUUAAGAAUCGACGACUUAAAAAAUUAUGCAAAUGAGAGGAAGACAAAACAGAAAGAUGAUAUCAAAAAAGAAGGAUUGUUGGUUCCAUUUAAUCCAAGAAUUACUGAUAGCGAUGAAAACAACUUUUACGGUUUCUUUCGGCGAGAUCCUAUCAAAGGAUUUCCUGAAGGUGAUAUUUUUGUGACUACGGGGGAUUCGUUAGAAAAAAAAGAAAAUGAUUAUGAUUAUGUUGAAGAUGAAGGCAAUGGUAAUGAUGAUUUAGAGAAGGAAAACAUGCAAAACAAUCAAAAAUCGAUGUUAAGCCAUACUGAAGAUACUUGGGUUGAAAAAGUUGAAGAUGAUAACUCCAAUUACAUGCCAAAUGAAUUUUUUGAGAACAUUAAAUUAACUAAUACAAGAAUAAAAGAAAAUUCUAAAAAUUAUGAUGAUCUAUGGGAGGCAGAAUUUCUUUCUGAAGAACAUAAAAAUAAUAAUAAUAAUAAUAACGAAAUUACUGCUGCAGAAGUUAUUCAAAAGCCGUCUAACGAAAAAAAAGAAAGAGAAACGAACAUGCAACACACACAGUUACUUAACUAUUACGACGAUUCCGAAAAGCAGGAAUAUGAUCGGGACGCACUACGACCGGCUUCAAAAUACUCGUCGAUGCCUUUUGAUCAACUUUCCAAAACACCAACUUCCAAUAUCAAUUAUCAAGCAUCGAAUGUAAAACUUAAAGAAGCGAAGUUGGAACCAGAAACAAAAAUUUCUUUUUAUGUACCUUCUCAAGCUUCUACUGCGAGAUACAAUUAUGGUAAUUAUCAGACAUCAAAUAUAAAUUACGAUAAUAUAAAAUUAGAAGACGAAAAAAGCUUUGUUAUGAAGAUAGAUAGUAGAGACGAUAUUAAUGCAAAAACAACUCAAUAUUCUAGACCUACUAGUGUAUACGCAGAACAUCCUAUUCAUGAUAAAAUUUUUCAUAAUGAAAGAAAUAAAAGAAGCAAUUGGGAAGCGCUUCGAAAAGUUUUUGCUGAAGAAAUGAUUAAGGAAGACGAAGAAAAUGCGAGAGAUUGCCAUUGUAGGGUCAUCCGAGCUUCCGAUUCGCCGAAGAAGCUUUAUUAUCGUCGUGUAAAACGUAAUAUUUUACCUACAGCCCGAUUUACAGAUACUUCUUCAGAAAAUAAAAGUACGAAUACAAACGUUGCACAAUCUAAGAAAAAUGUUCACACUCCUAUGACAAGAGAAAAAUACGAUGAAAUUAUGGCGGGAGAGAUACUUCCAAGUACAAGCAUUAUCGAGCCCGUUUCUGGAGAAUUUGGUACAACUACGGAAUCGGUAAUCACAGAUUCAAGUACACUGGAUCAUAAACUAAGCGAUACGACGCAGGCGAUUGAUGUAACUUCAAUAUCAGAAGUGGACAAUAUUCCCGAGCAAUAUCAUAAGAAAUCUACUACUAAUCUAUUACCUAUAGACUCAGCUUCAGAAAUGUCUCUAAAUAACAAUAAUAGUGUUAAAUACGUCACAAAGGAAACGUUUUUUCGUUCCCAACCAUCAGAUGUCCAAUCAAAAAAUAAGACAAAGGCGUAUGAUUCUUCCCAAGUUAUUUCUAAGAUUCCUUUGGAAAAUGAGGGCAAUCGGGAAGAGCGUAUUGUCUCCGUUACUAAGAACGCACAAGAAACAACCUGCGAAAAAGUACAAGACUUCAUCAACGAAAAGGAGAAAGCCGACAAUUCAAUCUAUCCAACAACCACCGAAAAUCAGAAAAACGAAGAAGGGCACAACAAUAAUUAUAAAACUGGAUUGAACUCAACUAAUUUCUUCAAAGAAACAUCAAAGGGAAUUGCCGGGCAAGUGACAACGGAAACAAUUUUGUCAAAACGAGCAGCAAAUACAGCAAAUGAUAAUUCAAAAUCAAAUAAAUCCAAAACAAAUUCAAAAUUACUUCGAAACAUACAUGAUAAACAGAAUAGUGAAUCAAAAGCUCAAAUGGGGAAAGUUCAUGUCAAUACGAAAAGAUUAAAGAUUACCUUAAAAAAAUCUCCUCUAGCAUCGUUAGAAGGAUUCACCAGAACCGAGGAACACUUGGUGAGACGCACAGAACAGAUUGAUAGGCUGAAAAAAAAACUGCACGCAAGACGGGAAAAAUUGUUGCAUCAAUAUCAAAAUGAAUUGACAGAGAUUGCUGACGAACAAAAGAGGAAUUUAAAGAGAAGAGAAGCAUGGGAAAAACUUCGUGAAAGUGAUGAUUUUCGUCGAUUUAUCAAUCAGAAAGCGUUUGUUGGAGUUCUACUAAAUAACGAUGUUACCUAUGAAGAUGACGAUGAAAAUUAUUUAAUUUCUAUCGAACUUGUUCCUAAACAAUAUAACAAUAUUAUAGAUCAAAUGAGUUCUCUUGACCGAAGGGAUGUCAAUCGAGCUGUGAGCAAUAAAAAAGCAGGUGAAUUAAACAAUAUAGAUAAAAAUCUUAAAGUAGAUAAUUUGGAUUCAACGUUUGCAAUAAAUAAAAAAACAGGAGAUUUUGGAACUGAAACAAGCAUAAGAAAUAAGAAAUUUGCCAGUUCCGAUAAUAGAAAAAGAGAUAUAAUGCAUUCAAAAACAACUGAAGAUGCUGAAGAAGUUAUAAAGACUAAAAAAUCUGAAAAUGUUGAGCUGAUAAAACAUGAAGAAAUUAAUAAAUCUUACAAUUCAAAUGACAAAGCAGAACACAAUUUAAAUAUUAAUAAAAUGUCUAACAAUAACAUAACGGACGAAUAUGUUGAAAAAAAUAUUGAUAAUGAUCUUAAAGCGAGAGAGCUUGGAAAAGAAAACAUGAGAUUAUCAACAGUUCUACCCUAUCCAUCACUAUACAAUGACGAACAUGUUAUAAAAGAUAAUUCAAAGAGAUCGCUCAUUUUAUUAAUGCCACUAUCACAAACACGAAAUGAACAUGAAAAACCAAAGGGAACAAUCCAAAAGACAAAACGUUGCGGUACACAACAUCGAAAAAAUAGAUUUUUGUUAUUAUCGACAAAGGAAGAUAGUAAUAAAAUAAGAUCUACUGAUAAAAAUAUUAAUGUGGGAAUCUCUAAGCAAAACUCAGAUGACCAUAUCAUAAAAAACGCAAAAUACUCGCAGAAAAAAUCGCCAGCGUCAAAAAGAAUGAUAGCUGAAACACUUGAGGAUGAAAUGAUUCUGCGAGCUCUCAAAGACAAUUUAAAUGCGGAGGAUGUAAUUAUAAAUUUAAAGUCUCAAGAAAAGGCAAAGAAAUGUAAUACAGAAAAAUAUAUUUGCCAUUGCAAAGAAGAAAAUUGUUUCUCUAGUUCAUCAAAGAAAAGUUCUUCAGGAAUGUUAGAUUCCUCCAGAAUAGACAAACCUGAAAAAACAAAUUAUCGAAAACUAAUAAAAUAUGAAAACGCCAAACCAGAUAUCUUACAACAAAAAUCGCCAAUAUUAUACCACGAAAGUCUUCAUGAAUUGCCUCUACCUAAUCUGAUCGAUCAUUUCUCAAUACCUUAUCAAGAGAGAUUAAACAUUCCCCCUGUCCCAGUUCUAUAUGGAAUAAUACCAAAUGUUUCACCUCACAUGAUUGAAAAUGAAAGAAAAUAUAUUAAUGUCCCAUUUGAGGACAGAUCAAAUUAUUUAGUUGGAAGUAACCAAUAUCAACCGAUUAUUCGUGAAAAACCAUGCAUUUGCUCACUUAUAACUGAAAGACAUCAAGAUGAAAGUUCUAUGUCAGUUACUUCACCUUCGACAAACUACGUUGACGCAACCACUAUUACGGAAGCGACAAAUGAUCUUGAAUCAAAUAAUCUGAUUGGUCAAACUGAAGAAGAUCAAGAACAUUUUCCUAAAUUGACUACAGAAGCUUCGAAUGUAGAUUCAUCAGCGAAUUUAGAAACAGAAACUAAUUUACACUUGAAUUAUUAUUCGACUGAUGUAACUGAAGAAAGUAAUACUAUAAGUUCUUUUAAUUUAAAUAAAGUCACGCCCAAAUCUCAAGAUUUUACAGAACAAACCGAAAGAAAUCUAGAUAAUAAUCUCUCUAAGCUAAUGACAUAUUCGACAGAUUAUGUUGAUAUAAACAGCACACCAUCCUUCGUCUAUGACGGAACGAAUGAUGGAAAACUUAUAAACAUGGAAGAAUGCAUACAGCUAUUUGGUCGCGAUGUAUGCGUACUCAGCGCGACGUCACCAAAAAUGCUUGCUAAACAGGUGCAAGAAAAUAAUCUUAACAAGUAUUCUACGAUUAGAAUUCCGGAAUAUAUUACACAAAUGGCCGCUAGAAAAGAAACAACGUUGAACAACAUUGAUUACUCAGACAAAAUCAAAACAACUGACCCAUACUUUACAUCGGAGUCGUCCACUAACGGAAUCAAUAAAUCAAAUUUUAAUUUAAAUAAAUAUAUUGAAUCAACAAGUGCAAAAUCAAAUGCUAACGUUGAUGAAGCUUCUCUACGUGAAUUUCAUCAAUAUCCAAAAUCUAUCGAACAAAUUUCUAGGCCAGAUGUUAACUACGAUAAAAAUAAAUCAUUUAGUACUAUAAAAAAUAUACAUACUUCAAUGAAAAAAUUGACGGAUCCAAUAGCUGAUAAGAUCGCGAAGACAGAAAGAAAUAAAUUGUUAGGAAAGAGUAAAAGUCAUACAACUAAAUUAUUGUUAAAUCCAAAUGAUGAGGAAAUAGCAAGUUCAACUUCAGGUGAGAAAUUCCUUUAUUCUACUCCUUCAUAUAAAUCUAGCAGUGAUGAAGAAGUAAACAAUUUGAAGAUUAAUCAACAGAAUCAAAUAACAAAUACAAGUUCCAAUUCAAAUACUUCUCCUAAAGAAGAAACGACAGUUAUUAGUUACAAUUCUAAAACCGGAUAUAAUUCUAAAGAGCAAAAUAUAAACUACUUAAAAGAAUCAAAUACGGAUUCUGAAAAGAAAAUUCCUCAAGAACAUUUUAAAGAAAAGACUACCACUAGUUCUAAUUCCAUAACCGGAUAUAAUUUUGAAAAGGAAACAAAAAAGGAAAUAAUAGGAAUAGAAGCCAGCGUUCAUCCGGGAGAGAUUUCUCAAGAACAAUCAACAACGACACAAUAUUUCGAUGAUAAAAAAUCAAGUAAUUUAAACCACGAAGAAAAUACCACCAACAAUCUCGAAGCACCCAUCGAUUCUUCAACGAGCAGAUUACCAUUUUGUGAUAAUACGUUGCUUUUAAAUUCCAUCAGGAAGGUCAUAAAUGAUUUUGCAUUAGAUGCUCGCUUAACUAGAACAAAAGAUUUUGAUGAAAGCAUUCUUCAAACGCAAGGUAAAAAUUUACUGCCAGAAAUUCUGCAAGUUCCGAAUCUGAAGAAUAUCUUGUCGAUGCCGCAGAUAGAGAAUACGAUCGUAGAAAAAGUAAAAGAUGUUUUGUCUUAUGUCACAGCUAUUCCCAGAAAAGAUUUCACAAACGAUUGGUCACAUGGUGUGAUCAAAAACACUUUACACAGCAUAUUGAAUGCUCUCUCUGGUUUUCAUCACAAGCUCCCACCAAUGACACUCGAAGAGCAUCAAUUCAAAGACGGACAAUGGAAGACCAACUUAGUGACUUUAGCACCAAUUUCAGAUCAAAAGUUGUCGGAAGGAACACCGGAAAACUUGCGGGAGAGUAUCAAAUAUCUUCUAAGCUCUCCGGCAAUCGCGUCGCAAACAGAUCAGCCUAUCGUGCGGAAUAUGAUUGUGCAAAGCGUGAAAAAUAGUUUUACCAACGAUGGAGAUGAUAAAAUGGAUUCGAUAAUUCAUGCACUAAAUGAUGUUCUCCAGAUGUUAAAAAAUUCAAAAGAUAUUAAUGCAUUAGAAAAAAGCAAUGAAGUUAUUAGUGACGAAGAAGAUACGGACAUGACUUUCUCACAAGAAAUUCCAACAAAUAAUUAUGAAAUAGGAAAAAGUGUUGAUAAUUCAACAUUAAAUAACAAACAGAAUCUCGACAUCAAAGAAGAUAAAAUGGACAAUAAGAAAAUGCAGAUCACAGACUAUCAGAAAGCUAAGACAUUAGAAAACAACGCAAAUAUAUUAACUACUUCUGAAUUUCCGCAUUUAUUACAAUUAUCUGGAGAAGAAGAAGAAACAACGAAUAAAGUCAUUGCUAAAAUAAAUGAAAAUAUUAAAGAUUUUGGACAAAUAAAGAAGAUAGAUGUGCAAGAUAAUGCAGAAAAGAAAUUAGUUGAACCACUGCAACCUAAAAUAACUUAUCACAAAGCAAUUUUACAAAAUAAUCCUAGCAUAUUAGAGACUCUUAAACCAGAUUCAACAAAAGCUGAACAAUACAUAAAAAGCCAUCGCAUCGAUGAAGAAAGUGUUAAAGAUACAGCAACAAUAAAAAAUUUUAUACAAGAAACUUCACCUAAUUACGCACAAAUAUCAGAUGGCAUAAUUUUAGAAAAUACGGCAAGUACUAAGGACAUUGAAGAGGAAGUAAAACAUGCAUUAAAUGAAAAAACAUCGACCACUUCAACUGAGAUUGAUCCAUUAAUAAUAUUAGAAAGAAUUAAGUUUAAUUUGCCACCAACAAAGUAUUAUUCGCCAGAGACUUUAAAAUAUGGGACAAAUCAUCGUAUUGAUGAUAAAAAUGUUGAAAUUAUGACAGCAUCCAAAAACUUUAUGCAAGAAACUUCAUCCAAUUAUGCACAGGUGUCGGAUGGUGUGAUUUUAGAAAAUACAGCUGAAAUUAAAGAUGACGGAAAAAUGGAAUAUCCAUUAACUACUACAUCUGGUAAUUUAAUUUCAUCCACAAAUGUAGAACAUAGAGAUUAUAAACCCAACAUUAUUUCAACAGGAAAUGUUUUAGAAUCGCAACAGAAUUCACAGCAGAAUUUCACCGAUGAUAACAUUAUUAAAAUCCACGAAGUUACUACGGAGAUUCAACGAACUUAUGCAAAAACUACGUACUUCAAAGCAGGGCUUUCGAGUGACGAUAGCUCAAGAAUUAGUUCGCCCUCGUUAACUUGUGAAACUACAGACAUACGUGUAAAUAACAACGAUAAUGGUGAUAGCGAUAACGAUAACAACAAUAUAAUUGGCAACAAAAUAAAUAAUAUUGAUAAUGUCAUAAAAGCGAAGGAAAUAAUUGUUUCUUCUUCCAAAUCAGCUGCUAAAAAUGAUAUCGAUCUUCCUCAGCUAUUUCCUUCGUCAAUUGUUCCCGAUGAUAUCUCGGAACUUCAGAGAUCGCAACUUUAUUACACCAGUGACGGCAUGAAAUUACCGCUGGAGAUAAAAAAAUUAGAAGAUGGUUCUUACGCAUUAUCGAUCUCCAAAAAUAUAUGCGAGCAGAUUCUAACAAGAAAAUGUCCCUGCUGUGUGCCGCUGCAAGGAUACGUAGUUCAAUCAUUAAAAAAUCAUCAACAAGAAGAUAUGCAUGCGAUGACUUUAACGACUACGGAAAAGAAAAAUCAAGAAGAUACGUAUGUAAAUAACAUUAAAAGAGAUAGUCAAUCGGUUCAACCAUUUAAUACAUUGAUAACGAGGAGAAGCGCCUUGAAGACGCAAAAAUCAAAAGAAGAAGAAAAGAUAAACGCACACCAUCCAUUGAAUCAAAAUGACAAUAAUCUAGCAAUCAUUUCGAUGCCCGUCAUUGAUUUCGCAAAAAAAUACAAUCUAUUGCUCGAUUUCAAUGAAAAAAGAAUACUAUUUAACGAAGUCGGAUUGCAAAACAAAAUGCAAAGUUAUGAUAAGUUAUUAAUGAAAUCAGGAACAGUAUCUGAAUACGAUCAGUCAGAGGAAACAAAUCUCAAUAAUUAUCCUAAUAAUGAGAAAAAUAGAUUAGUGGGUGAAAAUAAUGACGCAAUUGAUAAAGUUCAAGAUUUGAUAAAUGUUCGCGAAAAAAAGGAUAUUCCGAAUAUAAAUUCCCCGAUACUUCCAAUUACUAACAAAAUUUUUAACUUGGGAAAGAAUUCUGAAGAAUUUGAAAUACGAAAGGUAAAUGCAGAAAUAAAUCGAUUGGAAAUAGGUCAAGGUUCAAAAUUACGUGAAACCGCAAACGAUGUUCAAAAAAUAAAUCUUGUACAGAAGAUAAAUUUCGAAGAUCGAGAAAAAACCAAUCCUGUUCUUGAAGAAAUUAAUAUUUCCGGAAGGUCAAAAAUAAGCAAAGAAGAAAUGAAAUGGAACAAAUUAUCGGACAUUGCAGAAGGAAAUACUAAUAAGGUUUUCCGCAAAAAGGAAAAUAAGGAGCAUGAAGCAACGGUAUUGACCGACAAUAAAUAUAACGUUCCAGAAAUUAAAAAUUUUAAAGAAAAUAUUGGAAAGUCGUCUAGAUAUCAACGAAAUACAAAUGACGUUGCAAAUAAAGGAACAGAAUUAGUAAAAUCUGUGCUUUAUUGGCUCAAAGGUCUUUUCGUAAAUAAGCAGUAAAUAGUAAAGAAUGACCUUUAAUAUAUGUA